AUGAUGACAAACACAAACCGGAAUCAGAUGACCGAGAGGAUCCUGGAUCUGACCCUGGAGGUCAACUACCUGCUGACUGGAGAGGUGAGGGAUUCUGGGAAUGUCACAGCAACUACACACUUUUAUCCUGUGCUUUAACAUGAAUUUUCUGAGACUUAUUAUGGAGAAAUCUGUGAAGUAGAUACUGGGUAUAUAUUUAAUAAACAUGUGAUUGAUAAAUCUAUAAUAGUAGCCAGGUAGACCCUGUGUGACUGUAGAAAUAUAACAUACAAGAUUGUGGGUCGUUAGCGGUGCUGGAUUGCCCUACUGAGAUUUGUGGAAUUUUUUUCUGUUGGUGUUAAAGUUUGGUAAUGUUAUAAAUGUGGGGAAUGUGAUGAUUAUAAGACCUGAUUAUAAACAGGUAGCCCUAGCAUAGCAUUUCUCAGUCCUGUGCACUAUACAGAACUUUAUGAUGGAGAAGGCCGGCAUCGCACACACAGACAGGGGUAGUAGUGACAGAGGUGGGUGGUAGAAGCACAUAAUAGCAGGAUUAAGGUGAUUCCCCUUCCAGGAAAAAGUGAAACAACUUUAUAAAUAACUCCAAGGUAACAAAGUGACGUUCUGUGUAACGACUGAAGUAUAGGCUUAUAGGAGAGAUAUUUUAAUACAUGUUACUUUAUGUGUAGGAUUACAUUGUUGUGAAGAGAUCUGACGAUCCUACAAUACAGAGAAGUCCCUGUCUGUUAAAAGGAUCUUGCAGGACCCAGAGCUCCAACAUGGUGUGUCCACCUCACUCACUGAUACAUGAGGGAAACAAUGAGCAGAACAUCCUGGAACUGACCAAUCAGAUCAUCCACCUGCUGACUGGAGAGGUGAGGCUGCUGGGAAUGGGACAUCAUAGAGUAAAACCAAGGGCUGUGUGUGGAUGGUGACUGGAUAAAGAUGUUGGGAUCUCACUGUCUGUUAUUUCUUGUAGGUUUGGAAGCAUUUAAAAGGUCACAAGGAAACUUACAAGGAAGUGAUCAUGGAGAGUCACCACCCCCUCAUCUCAUUGGGUGAGACAAAGUUUAAUCAGCAUUAUUGUUUGGUUAUAGAUCAGAUAUCAUUCACUUAUAUCAUCAAACACCCGGUACACAGUGUGAGAUCUCUAGUUAUUACGGUUAUUAUUUUGUAAGCUGCAGGAACAGAAUUAUUUUAUCAUCUUUUAUAUGGAUCACAGAGAUGAUGUUAUACAAGUCACAUGUGGUGGCCACUGAAUGUUUGCAAUUCCUCCCCUCCAGUUAGGAUGUUCUCUGAAGUCAUUGGGAAUUCUGAUUGAUUUAGCUACUAGUUCAGUCAUAGGGUAUUCUUCCUGGACAGUGCUGCACAUUUCAGGAAAGUUGAGGCCUACUGGACAAGAAGCCAUCCUGGUUUAUCCAGCCUCUGCAAGUUCUUAUGCAUUCUAGGUAGAAAUUCACUUUGCAAAUCAAUGAAGACUUGCCACGGCAAUAGAUAAGUAGUACAAUAAUAUUAAUGGAUUGCUUGAGGUUAAAAAAUGGAGAUCUUUUCAAAUUGAACAAUUCUAGUCUGAGAUUAUGACUUUAGAUCCCUAUGAUAAGAACUCUCCUUCUCAUCAUUUGCCCGGUGGCAUUUACGUAAGUACAUAGUCGUCUAGGUUGAAAAAAAAAUUACUAAAGUCCAAGUUCAACCCUGAAUCCCAUACUUUUAUGUUGUUGAUCCAAAAUAAGGCAACCCCCCCCACAAGUGUAGGGGGGGGAGGGGGGGAGCGUAAUGGCAAUCAGAAUUCUAUUUGGAUCAGCAAUUAUGUUCUUAAACUUUCUGUUUAUGCAAAAGAAGCAUUCUCUAUAGAAUCUGAUAACACCACCACUUCAGGCUGAGAAUUCCAUAACAAUUGUUUUCAAUCCCCCUUACUAGUUUUGUUAUGUAUGAAAGCACCUUUGUAGCUUAUCCAAUGGCAGACAUGCAUUACUAGUUUGUUAUUUAUAAUGGUUCCCAAGUCCUUUUCAUUUACCGUUAUCCCUAACUCAACCCUAUUUAAUGUAUAAGUGGCUUGGGGUUACUUAUUCCAAAAUGCAUAAAUAGAAAGGGUUUCUCCAACCCUUUUUUUCUUUUCUUUGAAUAGUGUACUAUUAACAUUAUUCUUUAACCUCCUUCCCUACACACAUACUAAAAGACACUCAAAAAAACAUGACUUUAAUGCAGCGCCAGGCUAAGCUAAUUAAUUUAGGGGGCUCAACCCAAAUACCCAGGACAAUAUACUAUGGAUAACUGUGCAGUAGUAACUUGAGGGCAAACUAAAGAUUUACACCAGGGGGGUCACUCAUAUCCUUAAAUUACAGAGCAAAUUGCCAGAAACAAAAGUUGGCUCACCCCUGUAUUUAAUGGCUGUGUGACAGGUAAAUAAAACUGUAAAAUAAUGCCAGUGAGUAGCAGUAUUUGAAGAGGGAGAUUUCCAGUCGAGGAAGUGCCAUGGGUGAGAGAAAUGAGGCUUCAAGAUGACCACCAUGAACCUCGCUGUCACGUGAGAUCCAAGAUGGACGCUGUAGUGGAGCUCCGAUACCACAAGGUAUCUCCACUGUGACGAAGUGCCCUUCGCCACUUGUGCCUGGAGAGGACUGCUUGCCCGCCUCUUGCCCUGUGACUAUGGCCCCUGGGAUGUAUUGCCCUUUAAAGACAUGAUUUGGGCAUAAUGGAUUUGUGUUGAAAGUACUGAACGGAUCUGGGUGAAUUUUGGAUAUGUGGUUCACCCAGAUCCCCCGGUUCCAAGGAUAUACUUUUUAUGUGGUUAUUGCAUGUUUUGGGGUCCCUGUGUGUUUUAUGAAACUGUAUAAUUUCUGGCCAGCAGAUAAUUGAGCUUUGUGUAUUGUAGAAACUCAAUUAUCUAGCCUGGCCCAGAGGAGGAGUUUUGUGUUGCAUAAAUUGUGAGUUCUGUGUGCCAGUAAAUUAGUCUUGUUCCAGCAUUAAGCCUUGGCUCAUGUUUGGGGGUUUGGAGAAAUACACUCUGGGGAUUGCUAUAAUCACUAUACUCCCCAGGGUAUGAUCACUAAGUUCUGCUAAGAGCUUGUUCCUGCUCUCUGGGGAAAGAGAGGUUCACCCACUGGAAGCUGGAUCCUGGCCUUGGGUACAGGGUGGGUGGAGACAGCAGAGACCCCAGCGCAGUUGCAUCGCUGGAAGUGGGGUCUGCAGUGCUGAUGGUGUCGGUUGGAGUGCUUGGAGUCCUCGGCAAGCGCUAGGAGCAUCGAUUGGCGGAGGUACUGAGUCGGAGAGCCAGCGUUCCGUCACAUCCACUAUUCUUUCUUCGAAGCUGAAAGAAGCACUGUAAUUUUCAGUAAUUUCCUCUAAUAAUAACCCUUUCCCCCCUAGCAACCAGACGACACAUAGUUCUGGGUGUCAACUGAUUUUAAUGGGCCAAACUCAGCCUUUUAUGCACAGACCCCAGAGGGGGGUCUCCUCCCAGGAAUCUCUGGGCCUGGGAGAAAAUUGAGUAAAAAAACGGUAAGCUAAUUAUCUCCCAGGAACAGAGAGCCCAACACAAAAUAUAAAAACAUAAAAGUACCCCAAAACAUAAUAAAAACCUAAACUAACCCCACAUAUCAUACAUCCCCAAAUAGCCCUGAUCUGAGCGCCCAGGUUGUCCAAAUAGCGCUCAGAUCCAUGCAGUGUAGGGGAAACACCAACGUGUAAAAGUUCUAAACUGCUACACACGUUGUCCUAUGCCCAAAAUAGUUCCAGGACGUUUGGUGCUUUUGACGGUCAGCUUUCAAGAGCUCCUGCGUCCGCAAUAUGGGGUCCUCCACCUGGCUGUUAGGUAGCGUUUGUUCCCUUUAGUCUCAGGAACCUUCCCUCCAAAAAGUGCUCUCCUGGCGGAAUUAAAAGUAGUUCAAAACCCCAGACCAAGUUGUCUGGAAACCGCAUGGUCACCUCAUGCUGAAAAUAGUUCCAUAAUAUUCGCAGCUAAGUCAUACUGAGGUGACCGGGAACCCACAAAGUCCUCAUGACAAAAUUAGUUCCAUAGCGGCCGCGGCUAAGUACCGCUGAGGACUGUUAAUGGGUUUGGUUCAUGCGAACGACCGCCAGGGAGCUAGCGUUCGGUUCCAUUUCAAUGAAGGGAAAGUGCCGCACCAGCGGCACCCAGGGAAAGCUGUUAAUGGUGGCUGGGCAGGGUAACUCUCAAACGCUGUCUCAGACCUGGAUCAUAGUCGGUGGGUAGGAGGCAAGCUUCCACACUCCUCCAGGAGUUUGUGGCAAACAUACGUGUUCACAUUGGAAAAAAUAGACAAAAAUGGUUUUACCUGUUCCGCUAGACAGCCUGGGCUGGUAGAAAAUAAUGUCAGAAUGGCAAUAACCAAUCGCGCGGACACAAAGCAGAAGUAAUGGAACACCAGGUGACAAGGCAGAAAAGAAAGUUUGUUUUUUUUUUAAAAAAAAGGUAGGGAAAAAUGGCUGAAAGGACAACCAGAGAGGUGUAGAAAGGCAAAGGGCUCAAAACAAAUAACACAACAGCAACUGGACACUGAAUACAAACAAAGUAUACAAUGUCUGGGCCCACCCGCGGUUUUCUCAUAAGGCGGUCUUUAUUGAAGGAGCCCAAAACAGACCGUGUUUCAGCACUAAAUAACAAGUGCGAGUAGUGCAUAUUUAUAUAAUCACAUCCAAAUAAAACCUUUGAAAAAAAAUCACGUCAAGUGCAAACAACUGGUGAUCCAAUUACAAAUACAAUUAGUGGAUUUAAAACACUUGUCUACCAUCCUAGUUAAACAUAGCUAUUGGAUACUCAAUUAAUCACUUACUAUUAUUGUGUGGUUUCACAUAAUCAGGAAUAAAGUUAAUUGUGAACUUUUAUCACUGUUUUAACUUCCUAUGAAGAAAUAAAUGCAUGUGUGUAACUGUGUGCAUGCGCAUCUCGUCUCCAAUACUCCUCUAUUAGAAAUAUUGUACUGGGUCAUUGAUGGAGAAGGCCAUGCCUCCUCGAUGACGAAGCGGAGAGAUGAGCAGCGCAGAGGGAGUUUAAUCACUGGAUAUAUUUAUUUUAUUACAUUUAUUGGAAAAAGGGGGAGACCUAUAUAUACACCAAAAAACAGGGGCACUUUAUCGUUAGGUUUGUAUACCUAAUGCUAUAGUGUUCCUUUUUAAAUAUCAUACUGCGGAUGACCUUCCUACAGGCACUUAGUGUUGUCAUUGAAGUGCAUAAACUAUAGCAGCAUGUUUAAUUAGGUAAGAGUUUCGAAGGUAACCUUGUGCGUUAUGUUGGCCACUGAUGGUGAAUUCUCGUGGCCUCAGGAAGCCGUAAAAGGCCAGGUAAAUGGCGGUUUCAGAGUUAGUGAGGUGUUUGAAAGGGGCUGAAUCUAGCAAAGUAGACAUAUUUUGGAUACCCUUAAGUAUAGUCAGAUUGGAUAGGAUGAAAGGAAACUGGCUUUGUAGGAAAGUAGAGAAACGUGAUGUUGGAUGCCAGUCAGCCGUAACUUGAUGGUAUAGUGAGAGAGCCUUAAUUGAAGGUGGAAAAAACAAGUAGCGAACACAACCAGAGACGUAAUAACCAACAUUAUGUAAUGAAGGCCCACUUACCUGUGACAAAAAUAGUAAUGGAAAGACUUGGUGACAGCAAUUGCUGGGAGACCACUAAGGGCACAACUUGAAAUACCUUGGAACCUGGAGGAGUAAUACUGUAUACACUGAAAUAGCGGAUUCUGACAGUCACGUGAGCCCUAUGAGGGCUAAGGAAAUAGAUGUAAACAUGUAAGUGACAACCAAUAUAUACCUUGCAAACAAUUGAUGUAACUCGAGCAACUUAGACUAAACCAGGUGGCAUGAAUAUAAAAAUACCAGCAUAUGACGUCAAACUUAAACUAAUAGCAUUAAGGCAUAUGGCAAAAUUCUAAUAAUGCAGAAACUCUGGAAAGUAAGUGAAUCGGGAACCUGUCGCGUAUAAGCCCCCGUUGCCUGAAAAUAAUGGGAUAGCCCAGAGACAGAUGAACGUAGAUAAGUGAUUAAUAUAUUUCUGAUGACUUAAAGGUAGGCAGACAAUGUAAUAGAGCAGCAGGAAAUGCUAGCAGAAUGCUUGGUUGUAUAGGGAGAGGUAUUAGCAGUAGAAAGAGGGAAGUGCUCAUGCCAUUGUACAAAACACUGGUGAGACCUCACUUGGAGUAUUGUACACAGUACUGGAGACCGUAUCUUCAGAAGGAUACUGAUACCUUAGAGAGGGUUCAGAGAAGGACUACUAAUCUGGUUCAUGGAUUGCGGGAUAAAACUUACCAGGAAAGGUUAAAGGAUCUUAACAUGUAUAGUUUGGAGGAAAGACGAGACGGGGGGAUAUGAUAGAAACAUUUAAAUAUAUAAAGGGAAUCAACACAGUAAAGGAGGAGACUAUAUUUAAAAGAAGAAAAACUACCACAACAAGAGGACAUAGUCUUAAAUUAGAGGACAAAGGUUUAAAAAUAAUAUCAGGAAGUAUUACUUUACUGAGAGGGUAGUGGAUGCAUGGAAUAGCCUUCCAGCUGAAGUGGUAGAGGUUAACACAGUAAAGGAGUUUAAGCAUACGUGGGAUAGGCAUAAGGCUAUCCUAACUAUAAGAUAAGACUAGGGACUAAUGAAAGUAUUUAGAAAAUUUGGGCAGACUAGAUGGGCCGAAUGGUUCUUAUCUGCCGUCACAUUUCUAUGUUUCUAUAGCGAGGGCCAAGUUGACAAACCAACUUAUAUAGGGGAAAUAAUAGAGUAGAAAGGGUUGAGAACCGGAAAAGUUAUGGCAACUUCUAUGAGUACGAGGUAGGGCCGGCUCAACUUAAAGAUGAUCUGUUUUAGUAUAAUAAUGAUGUUAAAAUAUGUCUGAUACGUGUGGCAUCGCAACUUAUCUAUAUCCUAAUUCACCUAUUAGUGUAAAAACUUUCAGACAGAAAGUCAAUAUCCUAUUGGAUAUCUGACAAAUGGGUCCAAGCUCUGAAAUGCAAAGGAUGCUCCGAAUUGAUAACCUGUAAAAUAAUAUGAUUUGAUAAGACAUAAUCUGCAUAAACAGAAACAAGUGAUUUAACUCCUAAAUGACAGUGAAUUGAGCAGUGAAACCUGAGUGGCAUGAUCUAUACACUAAUACUACGAGUAUGUUUUCCUGGCACUAUGGUGGUUCUUGAAAAGAAAUCAAGAUAAAACCACAUAUUGAAUAUUCCGAGUCAACAGAGGCAACAAUUAAGGAGAAUUUAUUAUAAAUAUUAUUUAUUUCUUUUCUCUUUCCCCUCCUCCUCUUUGAUACAAUCUUUGGUUAUCCAGAGUAAUAAAUGAGGAGAGAUAUUAAGGACAAAAGAGUUUCAGAUUGCUGAAGAUCCUAAAUUUUCCUCUUCCUUUUCUCCCUCUCCCCAAAAGGACUCUUAAUCCUGCGGUAGUCGCAGGAAAAAUCAGACAGGAUGGAUAGUGUGACUGACCGUCUGGCACCACGACCGGGUACCUCCGUCUAUUGCUGCUUUCUAGUACUUGUGAAUACCAUAAUCACUCCACUUGAACACCAUAACCACUGUAGACCCCACGAACCGCCGCAGCUUGGUUGGGGUCUCGCCGUCCUCCAUCCACCCUGGACCCAAGACCAGUAUCCAGUGGGUAGACCUCUCCUAGUUCAGAGAGCGUAGCAGGAACAGAGGACAAACUGCAGCACUUCUUGCCCUCAUUCGCCGUAGCUUGACUGGGGCCCUGGAACCACCACCUUCCUGGAUCCGAUGGGAAAAUUAGCUCUGACACCUCCAGGCACUGGACAACACUUAGUCCUGGGAACUCUGGAGCCGAAUAGGGAAUUUGCUCUAGUCCUUACAAGGACUUUCCCCGUUGAAUCUUCUGCAAGCUGCAACAGCAGACACAGAUGCAAAUCUUCUUUCCCUCCAAUAACUGGAUGACACACAGUUUUAGAGUGUAAGCAGGAAGCUCUAGUUUAAUGGGACACACUGGCCUUUUAUACAAUUUUCCAGGCCAGAGGUACACCCCCUGGACCUGAUAGGGCACAGGAACACAAAGGACAUAAACCAAUCAGAACAAACAUACAGUCUGUGACACGUGUACAGCACACAAUCCCUCCCCUCUGCUUAGGAGAUAAUUGAGUAAAGUCCUGUUAGGAAACUCAAUUAUCUCCGGGCAGAAAAACCAAAUUUUCACAAAGUUCAGAAAGUACCUCAAAAUCCAACAUAUCCCCAUAAGUCACAUCCCCUGAGAGCCCCGAUCUGGGUGAACAUCAUAUCCAAAAAUCACCCAGAUCGGUUCAGGAAUUUCCUGGAAGUCAUAGUUUUGACCGACCGCAAGCAUGGCCCCAUGCCCAAAACAGUUCCAGGGAAAUCAGUGCUAACAGUCGGUCAAGUUUGGUAGUCUUUUACAGGUUUCCCUGCAGGGCCCAUAGUCUGUGGGCAGGUUUACUAUGUAAACUAUGUAACAUAUAAAAAUUAUAUAGAACAUUAAUAAAAACAAAAACGACUUCAAUUGAAAUGGAUAAAUAAUUAGAUGCCUGGGUGACCACAGAUCCACGGAGUCAGGGAGAAUCUAGUGCAAGAAAAAAGUUUUAAAACAAUACUAAUAUAAUAAUAUAAAUAAGCAGUGUCAUUAAUCCAUUGAGGAUGAGGCUGAUAAUCAGUCAGCCUAGAAUCCAUAGGGGCAGGGUUCCCUCUGUGAUGUCCUCGCUUGACUGAUCCUAGUUUGAUUGUACUCCAAAUUUUAAUGGGUAUGACCCAACCCUUCUUGUGAAUUAAUACAACCCAUAGUAUUUGAACACUGUGAUUAAAAUAAAAAGGGUAAAAUAAGAACAAAACCAGUAGCUAUAAUUAUAAGAUAGACCUGUCCCUAUUGAUCUAUCUAAAACAAGUAUAAACUUUCUCUUCAACCACACCAUUGGGAAAUAGUGUUUAAUUUGUAUAUCCAAUACAUCUCUCCUACAUUUGAAGAUUUGUGUUCAAUCACACCCCCUCAGUGGGGCUUUGACAUGUUCAAUUCUCAGAAAUUGUAAUGGUGAUGUCCCAUUUCCUUAUAAAUGUCUGGCCACAGACCAUGUCAUAAGUUGAUUCCUAAUGGCACUUUUGUGCUCCCCUAUGCGUAAAAUCUAAAUUCUUGUGGUCUAUCCAACAUAUCCUUUGCCACAAGGUCUUUUUUUUUGUUUUUUUUAAUAUAAUACACCACGUAAUCUGAUUGGCAGUUUAUGUAGGAUUGUAACUCAAUCUUGUAACCCAAACUCAAAUGUCAAAAAGAAUUGGUCUUAGUAGCGUCAUUACAGUUAGCACACCUACCACAUUUAAACAUUCACUUGGGAGGGAGGGGCAUCAACGAGUCAACUUUCCUUUCAUCAUUGUUAGCUCUGGCUAGUAUGAGAUCAUUCCUGAGUCUUUUAGAUUUUUUUAAAAGCCAUUAUUGAAACCACUCCAAAUGUCUAGUGUAAAUCCGCAUCCCCACUUAGUAGGUGCCAGUGUCUCCUAAUUAUUCAUGUCAUUUGUUUAGGUUUGGUUGAAAAUGUGUGAACAAAAGGUAUACGUUUAGGUUGUUGUCUAAUCUCUUGUAAACCAUUACCCUGUGUUAGUGUGUAUGUGACCCUUUCCUUUGCAUUCUGUAGUACACUCCGGAAAAAAAUUCUCAUCAUUCCCUCCACCUGUUUGUUAAAGGUUUCAUCAUCAGAGAUAAUUCUUCUCAAUCGUAAUAUCUGCGAAUAUGACGGAUGUUUGAGUUUGGCGAAUGGAACGAUGAGAAAUGUAAAUACAUAUUUCUAUCUGUCUGCUUGGAGUAGAUGUCAAAUUUUAAAACCUAUGUCUCCUAUUAUCUUCUCAACAUCCAAGAAAUUAAUCUGCAUCGGAUCAUAUUCUAUUGUGAAUUUUAUGGUAGGGAAAAAAAAAAAAACUCUAAUAGUGUUUCCAUAGGUCCACUCCGUAGAAAGAAAAUGUCGGUGUUCGGGAAGUUGAGUGUCCUAUUUUAGUUCCAGACACUCGACGACCAAGUCCCGCUGCCUCCUUUCGCGCAAUGAAGAUGGCCGCCGUUUUCUCUCGCACGUGGCGUUCGGUUAUACAAACGGCGACCACCCACUGAGAGUGCUCAAUCGACAGAUCUCUUUGAAAAUAAUGAGCCAGGGGGCUGGUUGUGUUCGAUAGUUACAGCUACCGAACCAAUAAAACAUAAAAAGUCACGAAUGGCAAUAAAAGGCUCUUUUCUUCACACCUUCCUUCAUACUUUGAACUGGGGUUCUGCUUCAAAUUUAUCUUGAGCUGGAAUUCCCCUACUCUGACAGAGUACCUUUGCCAGGUUUGCUUUCUAGCUGCCGCAGGGAACCCUGGAACGUUUCAAUGCCUGUUUCUGAAGCUUGACUGAGGUCUCCUUAAAACUCUUCUACAUGACCAGACUGCAGCUCUCUUCCAGGCACGUAUUGUCCCCUCUGCCUCUUCAGUUCCACAAGCAGGUAUCAACAGCUCUGCUUAUAGUGAUUGCUCCUGACUUUACAAAGACACUUGCUGUCCUCAGGUCUAGUUCUCGUUUUGACUUGUCUCAGGCUACAGGGAUUGUGCAGCCAGCCAACAGGUCCGAAGACUGUUACUGGAAUGCCUAAAAAUUGACACUGGACAUUCCGUUUCUUUUGGAACGAAUAUACAAUAAUUUAUUUAGAACUAGGACUAGCCUUUAGGAACUAGUCCUUAAAAUAUAAACAUACAUAAAGUGAAGAACAAUCAACAAUAAUCAUUUCCCAAAUAUAUAACAAAAUUACAAUUUUCCAAAAUUAUGGGGGUAGAAAAGACAAUUUUUAAAAAAAAGUUUCCACCAACAGAGGACAAUGGAGGGCCUGAAAGAAUCACUUUUUAAACAAGGAUAUCCCAACUUAAAAACCCAAACCAGGGGGGUAGUAGUCCAGAUGGCCCUCAUUUAUCUGCCUCCCCAAAGCAGAACCCCAUUCCAGACCAGGGCCUGGUGGGAAGAAGGCUUACCUGUGGUGUCCUCUCCAAGUACCAAUGUAAUGGAGGAUUCCAUUGCAUAUCUAACCUGUGCCUCUACAUGAUCCAGGGCUAUGCUUAAGUCUAUCAGUUGAUAUAGUAAAACAAAGUGGAGGGCAAAACAUAGCAUCCCGUUACAGAAACAGGACCUGGGAUAACAAUGACAACUUUAUUAUUCCUUAACCAUUUAUGACGGAAUUAUUCCAUCAUGGAUGUCCUAUGUAUUCUGUCAUGGAUGAUCUAGAUCAUAUUUAAAUUGUAGGGCACCCCACCUGCAAUAAAAAUCGUUCUCAUUUUUCCAGUGUAGAAACGCCCUAUGCAGUACCCUUUUCUGUGUAUCCAGUCUUAGACUAUAAAGCAGCAGUUAAGUUGCACAUGUGUAAUGUCCUUAUUGCAUGUUAUUGUACCUGCUUUUCAUUCACAAUGCCAUUGUGGUGCAUUAUAUUGUCGCAGUUAAAUAACAUUAAUAAAACAAAACAGGAAGAGAGAUCACUGCUUUAGUAACCACCUGAGACAUCUAUAGCUAGCCUGGUAAGUCCACUGCAAUUAAGAAAAUGUUCUAAUUUUAAGUGUUUUCUUUCCACUAGAUGGUUCCAUAAACAGAAAUGAAAUCAGUGAAUUGUACACUUCAGCUUCUUCUCCGGAUUAUGUAACCAGAGAUAACGAAAUCACAAGUGAUAAAAAAAUAAACUGUGUGGCAGUCAGUACACCAAGCAGUAAAUCUGUGAGUCCUGAAACUACAGAAUCUGAGGAAGUAAAUCACAUAGACCUUAAUACACCCAUAGAACAUAUACAGACUGAAGAUCCAUCUACUCAUAUUAAGGAGGAAUCAGACUCGUGUGAGGAAGGAAAUCUCCCAGAAAAAGACAUUUAUACACCCACAGAAGAUGCACAGAUAGAAUAUCCAUCUACACUUAUCAAGGAGGAAUCAGUCUCAUUGGAAGAAACAAAUGUUGCUGAAGCUGCCAUUUAUACAAUCAAUAGAGAUAUACAAAUGGACUAUACAUCAAACUGUGAAUCUGCAUCAAAUGAAAAUCAAAUUCUCAUAAGCAAUAUUUAUACAGUCACAGACCAUACAGAGGCAGAAUAUCUACCUAACCUUAUUAAGGAAGAAUCUUCGUCAUGUGAAGCCAGCACUCUCACCAGCUCCGAGGUUUAUAAAGCCACAGGAGAUAAACAUAUAGACUAUACAUCAAAUAAUGAAUCGACCUCACAUAAACAAGGAAAUCUCAGAGAAUCUGACAUUUAUACACCCCGAGAAUAUACACAGACAGAGUAUGUAUCUACUCAUGUUAAAGUAGAAUCAGAAAUCUCAGAUGUAAAUCUCACCAUUUUAGACCUUCUUACCCCCACUCAUCAUACUGAAACACAAAACAAAGGCAAUAGUAACUUCUUUGAUGGUGCUAAGGUUUCAUCUACCAAUUCAGAGCUUGUUAAACCUAAGCGUGUCACCAGAGGCAAUACAUUGACCAGUACAGAUUACACUAGACAUGAGUGUUUUAAGCAGAAACCAAAUUUUAACACAUAUAAGAGAACUCCCAAAGAGAAUAGAAUUUAUUGUUCUGAAUGUGGGAAAUGUUUUGCUCACAAGUCAAAUCUUAAGAAACAUCAGAGGAUUCACACAGGAGAGAAACCAUUUUCUUGUUCUGAAUGCGAGAAAUGUUUUUCUUGCAAGUCAAAUCUUAAGACUCAUCAAAAGAGUCACACAGGAGAGAAACCAUUUUCUUGUUCUGAAUGCGAGAAAUGUUUUUCUCGCAAGUCAACUCUUAAGAAACAUCAGAUGAUUCACACAGGAGAGAAACCAUUUUCCUGUUGUGAAUGUGGGAAAUGCUUUUCUCAAAUGUCAAAUCUUCUGAGGCAUAUGAAGAUUCAUUCAGCAAAGUUAUACAAAACUAAAGUAAAAAAGAAAAUAUUACACAACUCUUAA